AUGUUGUAUUUUCAUUUUUUAGAAUAUUACAUUUCAGUGCACCACCAAGACUUUCAGACCACCAUCUACCGUCGUCGGACCGCCACCUACUGUCGCGGAGCGCCACCCACCGUCGUCGGAGCACCACCGCUUCGAAUCUUCGUGAAAUUCCGCCGCGAACCACCUCCGAUCGUCUCUUCUCUUCCUAAACCAACUCCAUCUGCCACUCAUCUUCCUUCGCCGGAAAGGUACCUCUCUGGAAACUACCUUGUCGCCUCCUUCUCAUCUCCUUUCCGAUCUCGUUUUUUAUCACUAGAUCUGGUUUCAUCCACCUCCAUGAGUCACCGGAUCUAG